AUGGAUGCUGCUAAGUUGGCUAAGCUCCAGCAGAGCGUGCGCAUUGGGUAUGGUACUCCCCGCCGCAAGACCAAGCGCGUCCACAAGACCUCCACCACGGACGACAAGAAACUCCAGACCACACUCAAGAAGAUGAACGUCCAACCCAUCCAGGCCAUUGAGGAAGUCAACAUGUUCAAGGAGGACGGAAACGUCAUUCACUUUUCUAACCCCAAGGUCCACGCCGCUGUCCCCUCCAACACCUUCGCCAUCUACGGCAACGGCGAAGAGAAGGAACUCACCGAACUCGUCCCCGGUAUCUUGAACCAGCUCGGUCCCGACAGCCUCGCAUCUCUCCGCAAAUUGGCCGAGAGCUACCAGAGUCUGCAGAAGAAGGAGGCUGGUGAGGGAAAGCAGGACGGUGAGGAUGAUGAGGAUGAGGAUGAUAUCCCCGAUUUGGUGGAGGGAGAGAACUUUGAGGGAACCGUUGAGUAA